AGGAUCAUUCAAUUCUAUUCCAGAAAUAGGCUGAAAACCGGUGAAAGAGCCGUUAUAAAACCUUCACGGUAGCCUGAAAUUCCGUUAGUGUGACGUGGCGCUCCCACGUAGCCUGUCAGAACUACAAUAUCAUCGCUUCUUGUCGGCCGGCCGCUUUAAAUCACAGUAGGGGACACAAACUCCCUGUGCAAACCCAAAUCGUCGUCUCUGUCUCUAUAAUGGUGAGAGGUUCGUCGCAGUCUCAGGCCUCAUCGUCCGUUACCUCCCGUCCGUCCACCGUCGGCAUGGCGCCGCGCGGCUCUGCUGCAGCUACCGCUGGCAUGCGUCGCCGCCGCCUCGGAACGGGGAGCGCUGGUGGUGGCUCCGGCGGGUUCGGCAGUGGCAGUAGCGGAAGCAACAUGCUCCGGUUCUACACCGAUGACGCUCCGGGCUUGAAGAUUACUCCGACGGUGGUUCUCGUGAUGAGCCUUUGCUUUAUCGGCUUCGUCACCGCUCUUCAUGUCUUCGGUAAGAUCUAUCGCCAUAGAUCUGGUGGAGUGGCUUGAUCAAGGAUCUCUUCAACAUCUUCUCUAACACUGUGACACGUCUUAGUGUUUUGAUUCUGUUCUCCUACCGUGGUCUAUAGGCUUGUAUUGAUUUUUGCGCCUCUAGUGUUUCUCAUUUCUCCAAAUCGCACUGUAUGGAAAAUUUUGGAAGGUUUUAUGAUCGAUUACGUUUCGGAUGUCAAAGCGGAAAAUUGCUCCAA